AUGUCCGCGACACAGAUCACCCCGAUAUCCUUUAUUGCCCUCCCUCAGGAGAUACUACUGCAUAUCAUAGACUUUGCGCUUCCAUACGACAUCCUAUCCCUGCGUAAUACCUGCAAAACAAUUCAUCCCCUUACCAGGGCUCGCUCGGUAUGGGCUAACGCUGUCCGCAAGAUGUGCUUCGAGAAAGCUCUCUUCGCGCCCACAUACGACCUAACUCAGUUAUCCCGCCUACACCUUGAGCACGCAGCCACAGCGUCGCGUAGAUUUUCCAAGCUAUUGAUAAAUAACGGAUCCUCAAAUCUCGAAGACGCUUAGAAAGUGCAUGCGAUUUCCAAGCGACUACUUGAACUGCGUCUUCUCAGGAGUAGCGCUGCCAACGCCAACUUGAACGUCCGCGAGGAUGCCUUCCGGGAGUUCCAUCUACUACCGGGCGGUCGCUUUCUAUGGGCGCGCUUAUCGGAGAGUGUUCACUUCUGGGACCUUGGUAAUAACGCGACGGACCUGGCGGAACCGUUCCCAAUCUAUCAUCGACGUAUAAAGAACUUCUCGGAGCAAAAGAGACUCCAAGGACCGAAGAGCCUGACGGUCCUAGCAUGGCUGUAUUGGCGGG